UCAGAAAUGUUUAAAUCUCUUGUGCUUUACAUUUUUAUGAAGUACAGCGUAAUAAGGUUAUAUAACAAUGAUCGUCACCACUGUGACUAUCACAAGCAGCAGACAUAAUAGUGUAAAGUGAGAUAAUAAGUUGAUGUAGUCCAAACAGCAAUGAGGGCAGUGCAUGGGGUGCAGACUGUAUAUCAAGGUCAUGUUUGCCCAGGGGAGGAACCAGUGCUUUUAGCUGGGAGCAGCCAUAGAGCAUGAUGGGAUACUAUAUUAAGAAGCUGCUAAAAUAACCUCUAAUAUAACUGCACAUCAGAAAAGGGUGUCUUAGACACAAAGGAUCAAUGUUACUGUCCUCCAGCACUAAUGCUCAAAUGAUGCACCAAAAUACAGCCAUUCAGAAAAAAACAAAACAAAAAAACACUCAGUAUGUGUCUGUACUGUGUUAGACUAUUACUAAUAUGUCUGACAUGUUCUUAAUGUGUAUGCUAACUGUAAUGUAAAUCAAUGCUCUAUAAUGUAUUGACACAUUAAAAUUUAUUUAGAAGGAAGUACUAUUACCAAAAUCAGUUUGGGAAAUUGUGAUAUAUUCUUCUUAUGGGAUUAUCUCUACAGGGAGUUAACGGGGAACUCAACCAAUUUAGAAUUACAUUCCCAUUAGGGUGGGGGACUUCUGCUAAAAAAAAAAAAAAAAAAAAGGCUCAAAACUGAUUCAGCAAGAGGCCAAAAAUUCUGCAUCCUAAACUUCCCAUAAUGCAACUUCAUAAAGUUUCUUGUUAGACUCUCCAGGCACGGUGGGUUUCAAAAUCUACGCCGCAAGUGAGACUAUCUUCCAGCUCACUAUCCUAUGAAUUACAUUGAUGAUUCCGCACCUCAAAAUUUAUGUCCAAUGCCAGCGUCCAGUACCAAUACAGCGUGUAGCCUGUGUAGCUUUCAUGCAGGAGACCACAGUUAGCAUCAGGUUACACUAGUUGAUUUAAGCACAGAUAUUGUAGAAAGUAAGAAUUUUUAGAAUGUAGGCACUGGACGUAAAAAAAAAAAGCCAGGGCCCCUGGGGGUCUGAGACCUCGAGACGCUUAGCAGCUUCCCCCAUGUGGGGUCCUAACCCAAAGGUUGAAAAACUCUAAAAUCUCAGAAAAAUAAAUGUUUUAUGAGAUGUGGUGCAUGUUUCAUGUUGUGCAUGUGCAACAACUGCAGCUCAUGAAGUUUCCUCUUAUUUAUGACAAAUCUAGUGAGCACAAGAGCAGAAAAGAUUCAACAUAACAAUCGUAAAAUAUGUGUACAUGUGUGAUGAUUUGAUGGCAGUGCAGUAAUGAUUGUUUGCAUUCUCCCUCUCCUUUAAAUCCCUCUUUUACAAAGUACACUGAUGUACAAGUUGAGAUGCUAGAUGGUAAAUCCAUCUAAACUCCCUCUCAUACUUUACUCUCAGAAUGGAUUUGUAUUAUCUAUUUUGACUGACAAGGUUAAUUAUAUAUUUAUAUAGCUACUAUAACAUAUCAAGUGUCAAACUGAUUUAAGUUACAAUAAAAGGAUUUAAAAGUCCAGAUAAUUGCAGUUGUUUGGCUCAUGAUGAUACUGGAGGUCACAUUCCUGCAGUCCUGUUCUUCACCACAUCAGUGUACAUGCUGCUGGUCCAAUAUGCAGUCCAAUACUGCAGCCUGUCUGAGAGGGAGCGCGCUUCCAAAUUCUCCCUCCCGCUGCGCUCGUUCCCUACACCUUAAAAAAGUGCGUGCACGGCUGAAGGUCACUAAAACACAAAAGGCUUUCAGCGCUGCGGUCCAAUAUAGCGCAUGCGCGCUGCCGGAGGACUGCUUCACAGACCGCAAUAUGGCGAGAAUGCCUGCCAGCGGAGACAAGGAGCAGGAGCAGAUGAGCUGCCCCGAAAGGAGCAGGGAUGAGGAGGAGGAAGAGGAGGAGGGGGAGGAAGAAGAUGAGGACGAGAUCCAGGAGGUCCAGAUCACCGGGGAGGAGGAGGACGAGGAGUCCGAUAAAGAUGGUGUGGAGCUGGAGUGGGAGUCAGGGAGCACAGUGCUGGACCCCAGCGGUUCCGCUGCGGAGACAGCAGCGGUCGUUAUGCGGAGUAUGGACCAAGGAGAAGAGGAGGGAGAGGCGGACCCCUUCAGCAGCAGCAUCCCCGCUGGGCUUGAGUCUCACCUGGAGGGAGACCUUCAGCGCUCAGAGCGGAACAGGCUGAGCGAGAACACCCGCUUGGCCACCCGGUAUGCAGUGAGGAUCUUCAGGGAGUAUCUCAGUGAGAAAGCCCAAAGUCCAGACUUUGAAACUCUGGACAAGGAGGCGCUCUGCGCGGUGCUGCGCUCCUUUUACGCGGAGGCGCGCUCCAAAAGUGGACAGUUGUACAGCAAGUCGUCCCUCAUCAGCAUCCGGAGCUCACUAAACCGGUACCUGAACGAGCCGCCCUACUGCCGCACCUUGGACCUCACCAAGGACCCAGAGCUACGCAGCGCCAACCUGACCCUGGCUGCGGUCAUACGGAGGCUGGAGGAGCAGGGCGCCGGUCCAGUGGUGCAGAAACAAGCCAUCACGCGCUCGGACCUACGGAAACUGUACGAGUCCUCAGUGUUCAACACCGAUACUCCGUUCGGACUGCUCAACAAAGUCUGGUUCGAGACCUGUAUGUAUUUCUGCACCAGGGGCCGGGAGAACCAGCGGGAGCUGGAGGAGGACUCGUUCGGCCUGGCCGUAGAUGAGGACGGGAGAAAGUUCGUCUAUUUUAAAGCUCUUGGACCCUAUCACAAGUCCCGCUCCGCCGCCUGGACCAAGAAGCGUCCGGACGCAGAUGAGGACACCUUGCCGCGGAUGUACGAGACAGGCACGGAGCUGUGUCCGUACGCCAGCUUCGUCCGGUACGUGUCGAAACGGAACCCGCUCUGCAGGGCGUUCUUCCAGCGGCCCCGGGACCACUGCUGCGCGAGCGACGUGACGUGGUACGAGAACAAAGCCAUCGGAAAGAACCUGUUGGGCACGAGGAUGCAGAUGUUGUCGCGUGCUGCCAAGCUCUCCAAGACCUACACCAACCACUGCAUCGGCGCCGUCUCCAUAGCAACGCUCAACAGCAUCGUGGGCGCUACGGGCUCCAAGCCGACGACGACGCUCUACGUUGCCUCGGAAACGGUCAACGGCCACGCGCAGUCCCACCUUCAGCUGGUGAUCCCGUACCUCCGCCGGGUCACCAGCGCUGAGGACGUGAAGCCGCCGCGGGCAACGACAGCAACAGCAGCAACAACCAUAAACACGUCAACAACGACAACAGCAGUGAGGAGAUUGAGCUCCGAGGACCACCCGGGGGCUCCCCUCUCCAAGAAGCUGUGCGUGCGCCCCGGGACACCCGCGGAGUCUCCUGUGGAGCGGAGCGAGAGCGACCCGCUGCCUGCGAGAGCAACGGAGUCCCAUAUUCAUACACAGUCCGCCGUCCGGUCUCCGGUCACCGUUCCCACACAGGACAGCCGUGGAAGCAGCAGCAGCAGCAUGACAAGUCAGCGGCUGGUCUCUGUGUCUCCUGUGUCUCCACUGAGCUCAGCCGGCAUCCCCACCCCCGCACAGCUCACCAAAACCAACGCACCUGUCCACAUCGAUGUAGGAGGACACAUGUUUACCAGCAGCCUGGCCACCCUUACCAAAUACCCUGAAUCACGGAUCGGCCGUCUGUUUGAUGGAACGGAGCCCAUUGUGUUGGACAGUCUAAAGCAGCACUACUUCAUCGAUCGAGAUGGCCCCAUGUUCCGCUACAUACUCAACUUCCUCCGGACCUCGAAACUCCUCAUCCCAGAUGACUUCAAAGAGUACUCCCUACUGUAUGAGGAGGCCAGUUUCUUCCAGCUGGCUCCCCUGCAGGCUGAGCUGGAGCGCUGGAGGACUGAGCGUGAACGUGGGCGCGUGUGUCGGGAGAGCGAGUGUGUUGUGGUUCAUGUGGCUCCAGAGCUGGGCGAGAGGAUCAGCGUGAGCGCCCUCCCCGCCGUGAUCGAGGAGGUUUUCCCUGAGGUCAUAGACGUCAUGUGCAAUUCCCUAAACACCAGCUGGAACCACAACUCCACACAUGUCAUUUGCUUCCCACUCAACAGCUACUGCCACCUCAACUCUGUCCAGGAAAUCUCAGUCAGACAGAGAUGCAGUAUAGAGGAACAGAAGACUCCUGAGGGCAAACUGAGAUAUUGUCACCAUGUUCACUUCAGUAGGAAGGGAGGGAGAGAAACUAAUGGACUACUGUGUUGGAGCGCUUGCAGCAGAGAGGGUUCUGGAUCACAGGUUCAUGUGGUGGCGGUGUGGACUCUUCUCAAUUUAGUGAAUACAUUCUACGAAGAGAGGGCCGAGGCAGCUGGCAGCCCCCCACCCUCAUAAGAAUCAAACAGGAACUGUUGGACUGAACUCAGAGGAAGGCACAGAACUUUAAUAUUGUGACAUAUCCACUCGUAUCAGACUUAAACUGUUCUCUGCAAGUAUGUGGACAGUUUCCUCAAAAAAAGAACAUCACUUUGUCACUGAAGAAUCCAACUAAUCAGACAUGAAUACAUGUUAUCUUGUAAAGCUGUAGUAAAUAUCAGCUACACAGGUAACUAAAAUGUCAGUCUGUCUACUUUGCUUCUUCAUAAGAUAAAUCCAUUACCACAAGGAUCGGGGGGUGGAGAGGGGAGCAAAAGGAGUUAUGGGAAAUGCGGUCUAUACUUUGAGAAAUGCUAGCAUUAACGUUUCCAUUGGAGUGAGAUGACGCUACCAGUCAUCACCCCCAUGGUCUCAGGUAGUGAGUGGUUGAAACCUACUGACCACAUGUUCAGGCUGGAAGGUCCAGAUGUGAAAUGCAUCUGUCACAUUAUACUGAUAUUUACUACAUGGUGCAAAAACAGAAUUUCACCUCUUAUAACAGAGAGAAAUUAAGCUAUUCUUGAAAACUGACCGGUCGCUACAGUUCAAAAUCUACAUAGCUUUAACAAGACUUUUUAUGUAUCUUAAAGCAGUAUUCACAGAUUUUUUUGGCCACUUGGGGGCACCGUAACAAGCUGUAAACACAACAUUGAUAUAUUAUCACCUUAUAAAGUUAAUAUGACAAAUGUGUAAGCAAAACAGUUGUCUAUGUACACAUCCAGCAGCCACAUAGCAGUGUUAACAUUGAAUUCAGUUGAAUUUGUGUCCACCUGAUGAAUGUAACUCCAAUAUUCACUCUCCUUUUAGCUCUAGUUUGGUCUCCACCAACUC